AUGAAUUCUUAUUUCGCAAACCCGUCGCUCUCGUGCCAUUUAUCGGGCAGCCAAGAGGUUCUGCCCAACGUGCCCCUCAACUCCAGCACCUAUGACACGGUCCGGCAUUUCUCGUCGUACGGCGCCGCUGUGAGCCAGAACCACCGGAUAUACGCCGCCGCACCAUUCUACUCGCCCCAGGACAACGUGGUGUUCGGCUCUGGCCGGGCUCAGUACGACUAUGGCUCCAACAUGUUCCUGCAGGACAAGGACGUGCUGCCCAGCUGCCGGCAGAGCAACCUGCACGGACUCAACGCCGGCUCGCAGAGCCACAUCGGCCAAGACUACACGCUGGAGCAAGCUGGCGGCCGGGCGGCCCAGGAGCACAAGAGCAACAUCCCGAUCUACCCGUGGAUGCAGCGCAUGAACUCACACGGCGGAGUGGGCUACGGGACGGACAGGCGCAGGGGUCGUCAGAUCUACUCGCGCUACCAAACCCUCGAGCUGGAGAAGGAGUUCCACUUCAAUCGCUAUCUAACGCGCCGCAGACGCAUCGAAAUCGCCAACGCACUAUGCCUGACCGAGCGCCAGAUUAAGAUCUGGUUCCAGAACCGUCGCAUGAAGUGGAAGAAAGAGAGCAACCUGACAUCCACUGUGGCCGCGGGGGAGUCAACGGCGGCCACGCAAGUAGAGGAACGCAGUGGCGGCGGUGGUGGCGACGCGCUCAAAGAAGACGAGGAGGACAAGAAAAAGAAGGAAUAG